AAACGGCAAUCUGGUCAAAGUUGAACUUUCGUUCAAGAUUUGCAUUUUCCAAUAAUAAUAUAAUUUUCACCAGGGAUGGUGCUAACGAGGAAUGGAGAAAAAGUGAUUUUUUUUCCAGUUAAUUUAUUUAGGCACUUAUGUAUUUCGUUGAAAUUUAACCCUAGCAUAAUAAUGUGAAUCCACAAUACUUGAUGUUUUGCAGACAUGGAUUUUGUAGAGAUUCAAAUCAAUUUUUGUGGUGGUAAAUGUCAUAUUGUACUGUUAUGCACAAGGGAUGAGUCACAGACGAUAGCUGUAUUCUGAACUACAAAUACAAAGACCACAAAGAGCUCAGCAACUUUAAGCAAACUAAAAUAUUAAUGUGCCAUCGACGACACAGAAGCCACACUGCAAGGCAAUGAGCAAUUAGAGUGCGAAACGGUUGUUGAAUGCAAACCACACCGUAAAAAAAGCGUAGCAACUCAUAAUUUGUUGGUGUGUGCAAGGGGAAAUGUAAAAUGAUGCACAUUCCUCGUUAAUGAUGUUUGUUGUGGAAGCUUCCUCUUCAGCCAGUCUGAAUUCAGGCUGCGCAUAUUCUGGUCUUUGUAAUGUCUUUCUUAUACAGCGCGUACAGUCUGUACAUUCCUAGGGUCGUCAACCUGAAAGGCACGCAGACGGGAUGUGUAUAAAGACCUUUCAUCGAACUGGUGAGACUACACUGAUUUGGACCACCUCCACUUCUGAAGUAGCAUCACGGUAGCAUCACACCAGAGGGAAGUCCUAUCAACAUGCAAAUCUAAACUCACAAGACAGGGCACAGUCGGAGACGCUCAGUCGGUGAGUGAACAGUGACUUCAGGAAAGAGGAGGCUCGGAUCAUCAGCAAAACGGCUAAAUAUCUUUAAAAACACAAUGGGAUUUCAAAUUUGCCUCACCGAAUUUUUUCUUGGCUUCUGCAACUAUGAGACGCCAAUGAAAAUAGUUGUUAAAAACACAACCCUUGGAAUCAUUUAUAGAGGGGUACAGUUUCUGGUGAUGACUUAUUUCUUAUGGUAUGUGUUCAUUAGCCAGAAGGCCUACCAAGAGAUUGAGACACGGCCUGAGAGCUCAGUCUACACCGAGAUGAGGGGCGUAGGACUGCUGAAUGACUCAGUGAAGGAUGAGGUGGAGUACGUCAGACCAUCAGAGGGUGGUGAUGUCAUCAGCGCCAUCCUACGCAGAGAGGUGACGCACGACCAGGUACAGGGGGUGUGCCCAGAGGAUAUAUCUCUUCCCAGUGCCAGAUGUGGCAAGGACUCCGACUGCGUUGCAGGAGAGGUUGACUUUGACGGCAACGGCCCGAGAACGGGGCGCUGCGUGCCCUAUUACAACCAGUCCAUCCGCAAGACCUGUGAGAUCAAGUCCUGGUGUCCCAUCGAGAAAUUUGCAGCUGUCCGGGAGCCGCCGCUGCUGGUAGCCGAAAACUUCACCGUCUUCAUCAAGAACUCCAUCCACUUUCCCAAAUUCAAAGUGCUGAGAACAAACCUCCUGAAGAAGAGGAGAUAUUUGAACAAGUGUACCUACGAUGAGAAGCAUCUCGACUGUCCUAACUUCCGGCUAGGAUACAUUGCGGACCAGUCCGGGGUAAAAUUCAGUGAACUGUGCGACACGGGAGGGAUCAUCGGCGUCUUCAUCAACUGGAAAUGCGACUUCGACCUGGACCCGUCCGAAUGCAAGCCCAUCUACUCUUUCCGACGGCUCAACGUGUACAAGAACUCUCCGGACUCCGGCUACAAUUACAUGUAUGCCAAGUUCUAUAGCAGGGAUGGACAAGAGUCUCGGACCCUUAUCAGAGCGUAUGGGAUUCGCCUGGAUAUCAUUGUCCAUGGAGAGGCUGGGAAAUUUGCUAUCAUUCCGACCAUCAUCAACAUGGUGGCAGCCAUAUCAUCCGUGGGAAUUUGCUCUAUGAUUUGUGACUGGGUCCUGCUGACCUUCAUUGACAAGAAUGAGAUCUACAGUCAGAAGAUGUUUGAUGAAAUUUCUCAAGACAAAAUCGAGGGGACCAUUCCGACGACGGCGACCGAGCUCACCAUCACGACCUAUGGCUCCACCCAUUCGGACCUGUCUGAUGGCGUGCCACUUUGACCCCGCCCCACCCCACCACCCCACCACCCCACCCCCCACACAGAGAUCUGAGGCAAGGUGCGGGGCACUCCAAACAGUGGGAGAGGGCACGGACAGCACUGCAUUUGUCACUGGAGUUUACGUCACCACGCUGGUUCCACGGAAGUGGGCAACAGGGGCAUUAUGAAGUGUUCAGACGUGUGACUCUGCGGGUUGGGGGGGUGGUGGGGGGUAAAUCUAGCCCCUGAGGGGCCAGAGAACAGAAAGCCCACUUCAAGUGCUCACUUUGGAUAAAUAUCCCCCCUUAAGGCAGUGCUGUGUGACUAACCGAGAGGCUGAAGGAAGCCUUACAGGAGCCCUUAUUGCAUCUGCAAAAAACAAAAUACAUGCAAACCGUUUCAAACAGUUCCCCGUGCUGCAAGGCCAUUUAAAAAAUGUCAAUCCUUAAUUUUUCAGUUUGGGUGGCAUCUUUGGUGACUGGCGAGUUUGUUUUCAUGCUCCAAAUCCCAGAGUUCCUUUUGAAAUGAAGCUAUACCCCCCCCCCCCCUCCAAACAAAGUGGCAUUGUUUGCUUUUGGGUGUACUGUAACGCUUUCAGUGUUUAAUUUACUUAGAAGAUAAUCCAGUGGUAGUGUAUUUUGGAGAACAAAGACUGUCUAAAGAUGGUCAGCAAUGCCGUCCGACAUGGUAAUAUUGAGCAACUUUUCAAACUUCAUUUUUAAAAAGUGUCAACAUUAGAUACAUUUUACUGUUAGAGACAUCAACCGCAACAAAUAAGGGAGCCAACAUUGGGUAACAGUGUCACUGUAAGUACGAUGCAAGCAGAUGCCACAACUCUAAAACUAAGAAAAGGAGGGGGUUAGCCAUUAUCUUGAUUAGUGAAAUAUAAACCCAUCAAACAUCUUUUACUUAAAGUAGUUAGAAAAACAUCAAGUCUGCUGCAAUGGCCUAAAUAGCUAUAUAUAGGCACUCGCUCUUUUGCAUUCCAACUCUCAAGUUCCUGUGCGUGCGUCACCACAUUUCAAUACUUUUUUCUGGGACUGUCGCACCAAUAGAAAAUAGAAUAUAGAGGGGCAAGUAGGCCUACAGAAUGCAAAAAUAUUGUUAAUGGAUAUUAUGACAAAAAAGCCAGCAUGGAAAGGUAUUAAAUAUGCCAUUCUUUAAUAUGAAAAAAUUGAGGAUUGACACUUCAGUGACAUUUGACAUUUCAAGUUGUUCUGUGGUGAAUCUCAGCAAAGCCCCCUAAGGGUUUAUCUGAAAUGCACUUAAUGAGAGGCACAUUUUACCGGUAACGUGAUGCUAAAUGGCUUUAAAUUGACCAUAGCUUAACGCAUUGUCAUAUGCACUGGGCAGUACUUCAGUAAUCCUAGCAAGAGUGCAAAGCUGUUAAACGAUUUUGGCAUCAUGGGAGAAGUAUGAUUUUCUGCAAUGGCUAAACAGAUUGUAUGAAUUGGCUGUUUUUAAUAAAACAAUGUCUUUGAUUUCAA